GGCGGGGCUGAAUGUUUCCCAAGUGUUUGAAACUGGUAUUUGGGUUUUCCACGUUGGACAAGUGCGGCGCGGCGGGCGGCGGAGCGCGCCCCUUCCCGCUGCCUGCUCCGCUGCGCUUCUCUCCGCGGCCUGGCGGGCGAGUGGGCGGUGGCGGCAGCGGCGCUCGGCCCUCUCCCGCCGGUGUGUGCGCGCUCGUACGCGCGGCCCCCCGCUCCCGCCCCGCCGCCUGGGAGGGGGCCUGCGCGGCCGUCCGGGGCGUGCGCCCGGGGAGCCACCACCACAGCGGCCCGCGCCCGCAGGCGCCCGGGGUCCCCGCGGCCCCAAAGGCGGCGCGGCGGGCUCGGCAGAUGUAGUCGCCGGGCCGGGGCCGGAGCCGGCGGGGGGGCGCCAAGAGAGCGAGGGCUUUGCAUUUUGCAGUGCUAUUUUUUUGAGGGGGGCGGGGAGUGGAGGAAGCGGAAAGCCGCGCCGAGUCGCCGGGGACCUCCGGGGUGAACCAUGUUGAGUCCUGCCAACGGAGAGCAGGUCCACCUGGUGAACUAUGUGGAGGACUACCUGGACUCCAUCGAGUCUCUGCCUUUCGACUUGCAGAGGAACGUCUCGCUGAUGCGGGAGAUCGACGCGAAAUACCAAGACAUCCUGAAGGAGCUGGACGAGCACUACGAGCGCUUCAAGCGCGAGGCGGACGGCGCGCAGAAGAGGCGCGUGCUGCACUGCAUUCAGCGGGCCCUGAUCCGCAGCCAGGAGCUGGGCGACGAGAAGAUCCAGAUCGUCAGCCAGAUGGUGGAGCUGGUGGAGAACCGGGCCAGGCAGGUGGACAGCCACGUGGAGCUCUUCGAGGCUCACCAAGAGGUGAGCGACGGCACGGGCAACAGCGGCAGAGCCGGGCAGGACAAGUCCAAGGGCGAGGCCAUGGCGCAGGCGGAGAAGCCCAACAACAAGCGGUCGCGGCGCCAGCGCAACAACGAGAAUCGGGAGAACGCCUCUAAUAAUCACGACCACGACGACAUCACCUCGGGAACGCCCAAGGAGAAGAAAGCAAAAACCUCCAAGAAAAAGAAACGCUCCAAGGCCAAAGCCGAAAGGGAAGCCUCGCCCGCCGACCUGCCCAUCGACCCCAACGAGCCGACGUACUGUCUGUGCAACCAGGUCUCCUACGGAGAGAUGAUCGGCUGCGACAACGACGAGUGCCCCAUCGAGUGGUUCCACUUCUCGUGCGUGGGCCUCAACCAUAAACCAAAGGGCAAGUGGUACUGUCCCAAAUGUCGUGGGGAAAGCGAGAAAACCAUGGACAAAGCUCUGGAGAAAUCCAAGAAAGAGCGGGCGUACAGCAGGUAGUCUGUGGACGCCCGGGAGGGCGCGGAGCGGACCGUGUAUUUAUUACGCUGCGCCUUUGUGGAGGUGCCAGGAUUGUAAAAUGUGUAUUUUUAAAGAACGUUAGAAAAGCGGCUGUUCCUUUUACAGGGGUGGCGGUGAUUCUCUUGGCCUUUUGUUUUUAUUGGUAUACGUGUGUAACAAGAAAGUGGUCUGUGGGUCAGCACUUUAGAAACUACAAACAUAGGUUUGACUUAAACAUUUAAGUAAGUCUCAGACUGAUUUUUUUGGGGGGGGAGGGAUGACUAAAAGCAACCUAACAUUAAAUGUGGAAAGAAAAGAUUUCACUUUUUUCUUUUAAUGAAAGUACUGUUAUUACUUUAUGAAAAUUUUUUUAAAAUUAGUCAAGUUGCCAAAAAUACAGCCUAUAGUAAAUUUGUUUCUUGCUACCAUAAUGUAUAUCCGUGUAACGAUACAAUGACAAAGGUUUAAAAAGCUUGAAAAUUAUUUUUUAAAAAGGUAAAUGGUUAAAUUUUACAUGACAAAUAUUUUGUAUACUGGCCUGUUCCCCAAACGGCCAUUUUUAAAUAAUUGGGUACAUUUUUAUUAAACAGAAGUGAUCCAUUCCUGGAACUUCCAAUCACGCUUUUGCUAUCACAAAUCACAGUGUACUCAUCUUUAAUUUAUGUAAGGUGUAUAAAUGUACAUUUCCCGUGAACUUGCUGUAUUAUAAUUGGACGUACAGCCAGAUGCUGUUGUGAAACUAUGGUGUGCUUCCUGCUGUGUGUAUGAGAGCUGUACAGAUGUUACGUCAAGAAAUAAAUGACGCUUGGCCAGUUUUUUCCUCUAGCAGUACAUUUAAUUUUGACAUAAGAAGUUUAAAAUUUUUUGUCUUAACAUUUUAAAUGCCAACUGUUUAGACAAAGCCUUAAGCAAAAUUUUUAUCAUUGUUCUCACUUAAUGAUGAAAUAGAAGUUACCUAAUACCAGCAAAUAAAUGUCGGGAAUAUACAAGGCCUGUCCAGAAGUAUCCAGCCGCAUGCUAUGAAAAAUACAGGCGUAUCUGGCCAGAUUCUUUGCUGGGAGCCCUCGUGUAUUUAGACUGGGAGUCACUUAUUAGUCCAGCCCACCACCAUAAUUGUAUGGGUCUGUGAGCUAAACAUGGUCUCUUUUAAGUGGCUAAAAAAAAAAAAAUCAUUUUAGGACACACUAAACUAAUAUGAAAUUUAAAUGCUGUGUCCAUAAAUAAAGCUUUGUUAGAACACAGCCAUGCAUGUUUGCUUCCAAAUUGUCUGUGGCUGCUUUUGGAAAACGGCAGAGUUGAGUAGUUGCAGCAGAGACCAUUUGGCCUGAGAAGCCACAGUGAUUUCCUGGCCCUAUGCAGAAAUAGUUUGCUGACUUGGUUUAGACUAGCAUCCAGCAUUGAUGGUCCAGGUCCCUAACUGCCCACACAUUGAAAGGGUCAGUAGUAUCCUCACUAUAGCUGAUAGACUGUUCACUUUAACUUCAAACUUGGUGAAAUCAGUUUCUCUCCAAUCUGUUCACAGUCUCUAU